AUGCCCGGCAAGACCAAGCAGCCCAAGAAACGUCGCGCCGCCGUGGCCCCCACGCCGCGCACCAUGGAGCUGGGCAACCAGCUGUGGCACAUUGACCACAUCCGCCGCAUGAUCUUCUCCGACCUGGACCCGACGCUGGGCGGCAACAAGAGGUGGACACCUCGCACCGCCUCAUCUACCAGCAACAAGAACAAGGCCAAGGGUAUCCCUCUCUUCGACUACAUCACUUGGGGCAGGGUGGGCUUUGGUUCUGCCGCCCGCGUGCUCUGGUCCACCAUCUACUAUGAAGACUACGCAAAGGUCAAGGAUGCGCCCGACAACGCCGGCGACACUGGCUCCCCAUUCGGCAUCACCAAACGCCUCGACGUCUACCGCUCCAGUGUCAAGACGCUCUUCCUCACUGGCUCGUUCCCCCGCCUGCACGGCGUCGGCGGCGUCGAGGACCUGUACAAGAUCUUCCCGAACCUGUUCGAGAUCCAGUGGAACCACCGCGUCACGGAACCGCUGCACUUUAUCAACUAUUCCUUUGUGACGGCCUGCGGGCCCGCGACGCAGCACUACCACCACAGCACGCUCCUCGAGGUGACGAUCGACCGCCACGGCGACCUGUCCAGCCUCGACACGCACAGUUCGACCCUCCCGGCCGCGUGGAAUGUGCACACGAUGCGCCAGCUGCACGUCGGCAAGAUCUCGCCGACGCGCCGCGACCGCUUUGACUGGAAGCUGCGCAACGAUCUCGACGGCGACGGACUUCCGCUCGCCCUCCAGGUCGUCGCCAACACCCUCGCCCUCCACCCGUCGCACUCUAUCGACACUUGGGUGUGGAUCCUCCACACGCGUAACCUGAUGGACAUCCCCCCGCCCUUGGAGCUCAACCUUGGCGGCAGCUGGCUCACGCUCGACCAGCUCCACCACAUUGGCGUCGCGACGGGCACCGAGCUUCAGAGCCUCAUUGUGGGCGUCAAGGCUGCGCAUCCCGAACAUGUCCUCGGCUUUUGCUGGUCGCUCUUCCCGGAACUCAAGCACCUGUGCCUGACCAUCGACUGCCCUGCCUCCAAGGCGACGCAGCGCAUCCAGUUCUACGACUCGGACAGCGAAGGCAGCGGUGCGGACAGCUGGGAAGCGAGCGACACGGCGUCCGUCAGCGGCGUCAGCGACUCGACGCUCUCGAUCGACUCGAGCCACCUCGACCUGGGCCUUCCCGCGCUGGCCAUCUGUCGCCUGUUCUACCACGUCGACGUGCCGCCAUUCUUCGCGAGCGAAACGGGACCCAUUGAGUGGAUCUACUCGUGUCUCCCAUCUACCCUCGAGACGGCCUCGUGGCUCAUGGACUUUCCCGAGGCCAUGGACAUUGAAAUCAAGAUCAUCACCCCGCAGGGAUGUCUCGGUAUCACCUGCCUCGGCGAGGAGCGCGGACACGCGACGUCACGCGAAUACAUGAUGGCCACGCUUGAGGAGCUCGACGAGUUUCGUCUUAGUGCCCAGGACGGGUCGGACUGGUGGCCUUCCGAGUCUGACGGAGAGUGA